CAAAAUCAGUACACUAAAAGGAUUUCCGGCAAAUGGAAUUGAGACAGGUUAGGUUCCUAUGCUUUGUAAAAUGGAUCAUAAAGUAUUCCAUUAGGUAAGCUAGGCCGAAAACAAACUCAAUCUAAGGCUUUGAUGCAAAGAAAAAGUUCUCAAAGGCUUAAAAGAUAUCAUCAAUGGAGAUCAACCUAAGGCCCUAUGAACUAUCCGAUGUGGACGACUUCAUGAAAUGGUCGUGUGACGAUGAAGUGAUAAGUCGAAGUAGAUUGAGGCACUUCACAUCAAGAGAUGACGCAUUGAGUUACUUAAAGCAAGUUGUCAUUCCCCGCCCAUGGUGCCGUGCUAUUUGCUUGGAAGAUGGCAAGCCAAUCGGAUUCAUAGCAUUCAAUCCAGGUUCUGGCAAUGAUAGAUGCAGAGGAUCAAUCAGCUAUGCUUUGGGAUCAAAGUACUGGGGCAAAGGUAUUGUCACAAAAGCUGUGACAAUGGUUGUUUCAACUGUGUUUAAAGAGUUCCCAGAUGUUGAGAGAGUGCAAGGUCUUGUUGAUGUGGAGAACAAGGCCUCUCAAAGGGUAUUGGAAAAGGCAGGGUUCCAAAAGGAAGGUAUUCUCAGGAAGUAUCUCAUUCUCAAUGGAAAGACUACUGAUAUUUUUGUGUUUAGCCUAUUGGUCACUGAUCUAAUGGCAAGCUAGCUAAAGGAUUGUUUGAUUUGUUUUCCAUAUUUCAUUUUUCUUUUAAAGAAAAACUGUUAUUACUAAACAUUAGCAAGAAAAAGAGAAACGAAGAACCUAUUAGUUCAAUUUAAUCAUGUAUUCAUCUUUCAAAAUUUACAUUUAAUAAGUUUGAAAUUUAAAUAUUUGCAUUUACAAUCCCUUUUACUUUCCCAAGUUAAAGACUCUUUUAUUAAAAAAAAAAAAAAUCAAAAUGCGAACCUUCUUAUAGCUACAC